UGGUAAGUUCAGUGCAGUCGGCUCCGAGCAGAGUCUACUCUGAAGGUGAAGUCCGGUCAUGGCGGCGCUCGGUGCUCCCGGAUCCCGGCUCCUCCUGCCUCUGCUGCUGCGGGCCCGAGCCCUGCACACCUCACCGGGAAACCCCGCGGCCAGAGUGGCGGUGGUUUUGUCUGGGUGCGGUGUCUAUGACGGAACGGAAAUCCACGAGGCGUCGGCGAUCCUGGUUCACCUGAGCCGCGCAGGAGCGGAAGUGAAGAUGUUCGCCCCGGACAUCCCUCAGAUGCAUGUGAUCGACCACAGUAAAGGGGAAGCCUCCCAGGAGAGCAGGAACGUUUUGGUGGAGUCGGCCCGGAUUGCUCGCGGUGACAUCACAGCGCUGUCGCAGCUGAACUCUCAGGAUCACGACGCGGUGGUUUUUCCAGGAGGAUUCGGGGCAGCCAAGAACCUCUCAUCCUUUGCAGUCGACGGUGAAUCCUGUCGGGUCCAUGGCGAUGUGCAGAGGGUUUUACAAGAGUUUAGAGAAGCAAAGAAGCCGAUCGGGUUGUGCUGCAUCGCUCCCGUUCUGGCCGCUAAGGUGAUUCCGGGGGUGGAGGUGACAGUGGGGCAGGAAGAAGAACAAGGAGGUAAAUGGCCGUAUGCUGGGACAGUGAAAGCCAUCCAGGCCCUGGGGGGAAAACACUGCCCCAAGGAGGUGCACGAGUUCCAUGUGGACACGACCAGCAAUGUUGUCACCACCCCGGCCUUCAUGGGCCACGCCCCCCUUCAUACAAUAUUUGAUGGAAUUGGAGCUAUGGUCUCCGCUGUCAUAAGACUGACUGGUAAGUAAAGGUACUGGGACUCCGUGAACCGUCCGUCCAGACCCCUCAUCUCCUGGGACUCCGUGAACCGUCCGUCCAGACCUCUCAUCUCCUGGGACUCCAUGAACCGUCCGUCCAGACCCCUCAUCUCCUGGGACUCCAUGAACCGUCCGUCCAGACCACUCAUCUCCUGGGACUCCAUGAACCGUCCGUCCAGACCCCCCAUCUCCUGGGACUCCAUGAACCGUCCGUCCAGACCCCUCAUCUCCUGGGACUCCAUGAACCGUCCGUCCAGACCACUCAUCUCCUGGGACUCCAUGAACCGUCCGUCCAGACCCCCCAUCUCCUGGGACUCCAUGAACCGUCCGUCCAGACCCCUCAUCUCCUGGGACUCCGUGAACCGUCCGUCCAGACCCCCCAUCUCCUGGGACUCCGUGAACCGUCUGUCCAGACUCCUCAUCUCCCGGGACAAGUGACCCGACUUCUUGCCAAAACACACGCUGCAAUAAAGUCUACUCCACAA